AUGCAUAGUGCGGGUUUGGCAAAUAAACUUGAUUCACUGUCAACGGUAAGCAGAAAUAUGGAUGAACAUGUCUCAGCAUACGAAUCUUCUCAACAAGAAGGCUGUCUCAGUCUUCAACUAAUUACCUAAAUAAUCUUGUCAAAGUCCAACGAUCAACACAAAGCUAGGGCAAACUUCUCAAUCCGCAAUCGAUAGGACGCUUCUUAAGCCGAGAAUGGCGAAGAAGAUCGAGCAGUAUUUCAAGAAGAGACUCAAAGUAACCUCCGUCACUAGAGUUAGAGUAACGGUCUCCCAAGGCCUCUCCGAAACGAAAGGACGCUAG